GGACUGUAGAGGCAGCCACAGACAGACAUCCACUCGCAUCUUACAGCAUCAGCAGCACCGCUAUAUAACCAGAGCAUCCCAUCGGCGCAGCCACAUUAGGCUUCAAUCCGCAGGACUUCCCACACCACCACGAGGGGCAUGAAACUAUCAUAACAAGACAUUCAACAAAUCCUAGAGUUCCAACAUGACGAAAUCUUACACCGAGGAAAGCAUGAUGCUGGAGCCUCAAACCAGCACGGACUGGACCGACAAGUGUCACAGCAGCUCCCAAGACGAGCGAGACGUGGAGAACACCAGCUUGCCCAUGCAUAAGGAUAUGGAGGACGACGAAGUGGGACUCAACCGACUCGAAGAUGAGGACGACGAGGAGGAAGAGGAGGAAGAAGAAGACGGCGACGACACCAAGCCGAAAAGGCGAGGACCCAAGAAGAAGAAGAUGACCAAGGCGCGUCUGCAGAGGUUCAAAAUGAGGCGCAUGAAGGCGAACACCCGGGAGAGGAACCGCAUGCACGGCCUCAACGACGCGCUCGAGAGCCUGCGCAAAGUUGUGCCGUGCUACUCCAAAACGCAGAAGCUCUCCAAGAUCGAAACGCUCCGACUGGCCAAGAACUACAUUUGGGCGCUAUCGGAAAUCCUGAGGUCGGGCAAGAGCCCGGAUCUGAUGUCUUUCGUGCAGGCCCUGUGCAAGGGCUUGUCCCAGCCCACGACCAAUUUGGUUGCAGGAUGCCUCCAACUGAACCCCAGAACUUUUCUCCCCGAGCAGAGCCAGGAGAUGCCCCCUCAUAUGCAAACAGCAAGUGCUUCCUUUUCCGCGCUUCCCUACUCCUACCAGACGCCCGGUCUUCCCAGCCCUCCAUACGGUACAAUGGACAGCUCUCACAUCUUUCACGUCAAGCCGCACGCGUACGGGAGCGCACUGGAGCCGUUCUUUGACACCGCGCUCACAGACUGCACCAGUCCCUCGUUUGACGGACCCCUUAGCCCGCCUUUGAGCGUCAAUGGGAACUUUUCCUUCAAACACGAGCAUUCGUCGGAAUUCGAGAAGAACUACGCCUUUACCAUGCAUUAUCAGGCGGCGGGCUUGGCCGGCGCUCAGGGACACGCGUCUCUUUACGCGGGCUCCACGCAGCGCUGUGAUGUACCCAUGGAGAACAUUAUGUCGUACGAAGGGCACUCGCAUCACGAGCGGAUCAUGAACGCCCAGCUGAACGCGAUAUUUCACGACUCGUGAUUCUAACGGACAUUUGUGAGACUGCUCGUCACGGUAUUCUGUUAUGGCUGAUGCAAAAAGAGCAACAACAUUAUAUGCUUAAUCUUAUGUACGUAUUUAUUGUUGUUACUGCCUUUAGGAGAAGAGAGAAUUCGUUUAUUCUCGUUCACCUUUAUGUAUUGUAUUCUAUAGCGCUUCUACGUUGCGGUCACACACAGGUGGGAACAGGCGUGACCUUCUUCAUAAUGUGUUAAUUAUCCAUGCUACAAAAUCACAAGCAAUAAUUUGGAAUCUAUGCAAUUUUUAAUCCAAUACUGGGCCAAUUAUAGAAAUUAAUAGAGAUUGA